GCAGAUGCGGCCACGAUCCAAUGGGAUUUUUAACCCUGCCUGAUCGACAACUGGCCAAUUUUCGGGCAGGUAUCGAUCGAGGAAGCCCGUCGGAGGGCCCCACACAAGGGCCAAUAAUCUGCCAACUCGGUAUGGCCACCCUUAGUUUAGAGUCAAUUGCAGUUACAAAGGCAUCCAUGGAAAUUUGCCUAAUAGUUAUAGGAGAUAGAAAUAAAAGCUCUGGCCUUCAGUUUAUUGGACUUCGCCAGUAAGAAAUCUAUUAUUGUCUUGACUAUACAGAGACACAAGAAGAAUAUAAAGAAAGAGAACAUUCCCACCCAAAAGCCAAAGGGGUGAAUGGCACAGAAAUGCAGAAAACAACGCCAUUCACGGUCACUUAGUGCCUCUCCCCAGGCCAUUAAACAAUCCAAGAACUGGUUUGUCUCUAUUCAGCAAAGACGAAUGCCUUUCUCAAGUACAGUUUUAUAUUUACUCAGUGUCCAUAAAACAUUGUAGACCUUGAACUGUGACAUCUCUGGCAUUGAACCCAACAUUCAGGGAGAAUUUAAAUGUAAAACGAUUGCAGUUCACACUUACAAACUCUCAUUUCUCAUAGACUGUGCCAGUCCAAGCCAAGAAGGAACCACUGAAGUUGACCUUGUUCUUAUAAUGAAUCUCUGCUGGUGUUUGGUCCUUGGACCCCUACUUGUUAUGCACCUUGUGACAGCGGUGCGCCUGGAACUAAAUGGCAAAAAUACAAGUUCUCUUCUGCAACUCAAUAUCAGUGAAACGGCAAGUCUAAAGUGUGAAGUUUUUGAUAACACUGGGGAUGAGGAAUUGAUUUGGUACCGGGGAACACGUCAAGUGGAUGUCUCCUCUAACGACAACGUGAAUAUCAGCCAAGUCUGCGUUUACCCACUAUCUACUGAGGACAAUGGAGUCAGCUUUAUAUGCUUGCUGAAGCGGGACAAUACAGUCAAAUUAUCUGUCAUGCUGGAUGUCAGAUUUACUCCCAUCUUGGAAGGAGAGAGCUCUGUGACGGUGGAAGUUGGCAAAAACGCACAACUGACCUGUAUCACCAAAGCCAACCCUCAAGCGGAGAUGAUCUGGAGAAAAAAUGGUGUUGUGGUCACGAUGGAGAAGUCUCGGUACAAACAAUACCUGGACAGUGAGAAGUUCCAGCUUAACAUCGACAGAGUAGACAAGAAGGAUGCUGGGAACUACACUUGUGUAGCAGUCGCCACUGAUAGCAACACGACUGAAACGAAAAAUUUUGAGCUGGUGGUGGAGGACAAGAAAGAUGUGCUCCCAGUGGAGGCCAUAGCGGCAGCAGUAGUGGUGGGGGCGCUGAUUAUCCUCUUUUUUUUGUUCGCAAAGAGAGAGACCAUUUUCAAACCAUGCAUGAAGAAGCGAGAAGACACCUCACUGUAA